AUGAGAGAUAGUUUUUUAACAACUGAUGAUUUCUUUUCGCUAAGAUCUUUAGACAUUUGUGAUUUUCCUUUACCUUUUCGCUUGCUCUUCUUUGAUCCUUGUGGGCGAACGAGAGAGUCCACACUGGAUUCAUCUGCCAACGGUGUAUCUGGGUUUGAUGAGGAUAAGUUUGCUCCAGUUGCACUAACCUUGGUUCUCUUUGAGCCUCCACUUUGUUUUUAUGAGAAGCGUGGGUUUGAUGAGGAUGAGAAGAUUUGGACAAUGAUGAAAACGAGGAAUGUUGAACCUGAUGCUGUGAGUUACAGGCUGAGGAUGGGUUGGAUGCUUGGUGAUGGCAGAUUAAAGGAUGCCGUAGAGUUGUUUCAUGUGAUGAAGUUGAGCGGGGUUAAUCCUGAUGUGCAUUGUUUCAAUGUGUUGGUUAAAGGGUUUAUUGGUGAUGACAAUGUUGAAGAAGCCAAGGUUUUCUGGGAAAUAAAAGAGGCUAUGAAAGGUGGUAGAUUGACUACUGAUGCAGAGGCAUUGAAGCAGGUGGUUGAGGGGUUUGUUGCCAAUGGGAUGAUUGAAGAGGCUACUGAGCUUGUCGAUCUUGCGGGGAAGAAGAAGUUGGAAGUUGAUUGGCCUUUAACAGGAGUUAAAAAUCCACAAGAGUCCUGCUAG